UUUAGCUACUUGUAAUUUCAAUAUGGCUGUGCAACCAAAACAAGAAUUACAACUUGAUUUUUCACAGGAACAAGGAUUUCUAGCUUUUCAUAAAGGAUUGCCAGAGAAACCAAAUACAACAUUACGUGUGUUUGACAGAUCAGAUUAUUAUACUGUUCAUGGUCAAGAUGCUUUAUUCGUUGCGAAGGAAGUUUUUAAAACAACCGGUGUUGUCAAAUACUUAGGAGGAGGAAGUAAAAAACUAGAAUCUGUGGUACUCAGUAAGAUGAAUUUUGAAUCUUUAAUGCGAGACCUGUUAUUGGUUCAACAGUAUAGAGUAGAAGUAUAUCGUAAUAAAGGAUCUUCUAAAAAUAAUGACUGGACUUUAGCUUUAAAGGCUUCACCAGGUAAUCUAAGCCAGUUUGAAGAGAUAUUAUUUGGAAAUAAUGAAAUGGCUGGAUCAGUAGGUGUGGUCGCUAUUAAGAUAGCUACAGAAAAUGGACAGAAGAUGGUUGGUGUUGGAUAUGCAGAUGCCACUGUGAGAAAAUUUUGUGUCUGUGAAUUUCAUGAUAAUGACCAGUACUCUAACUUAGAGGCUUUGUUAGUUCAACUUGGACCAAAAGAAUGUGUUUUAGGAACCAGUGAAUUGACUGCCGAUACGAAACUGAAGCAAGUUUUAGAUCGAAGUAACGCACUCGUAACUGAGAGAAAGAAAACCGAGUUUAAUAAUAAAGAUAUAGUACAAGAUAUGAAUAGAUUAUUGAAAAAGAAAAAGGGAGAACAAGCUAAUAGUGCUGCUUUAUCUGAAAUGGAUAAAGUGCAUGCUGUUGCAGCUUUAGCUGCAGUUAUCAAAUACUUAGAGGUUUUGUCGGAUGAAAGUAACUUCGGUCAAUAUACUUUGUUAACCUUUGACCUCAAACAGUAUAUGAGAUUAGAUUCAGCUGCUGUUAGAGCUUUAAAUCUGCUUCCUAAUCCAAAUGAAAGUGGUAAUAAAAAUCAAAGUGUGCUAGGGUUACUCAAUAAAUGUCGUACAGCUCAGGGUCAAAGGUUAAUAGCACAAUGGGUAAAACAACCAUUAAUGGAUAUAAACAAGAUAGAGGAAAGAUUAAAUGUUGUAGAAACUAUGUUAGAAAAUACAGAACUACGGCAAACACUUCAGGAAGAACAACUGCGUAAAAUACCAGAUUUUCAAAGACUAGCGAAAAAAUUCCAGAGAAAAAAGGCCAAUUUACAGGACUGUUAUAGAGUAUAUCAAGCUAUAGAUAAGAUGCCCUAUCUACUAGAAACAUUAGAAAAACAUGAAGGAACUCAUCAUGCAUUACUCAUGGAAUUGUUUUCAAAUCCAUUAAAGGAAUUGUUGAUGGAUUUUGCCAAGUUUCAAGAAAUGGUUGAAACAACAAUGGACUUAGAUCAAGUAGAAAACCAUGAAUUUGUUAUUAAGUCAGAUUUUGAUGAAAACCUUGCAGAACUAAGAGAAAGAAUUGAUUCAUUGGAAAGUGAUAUCAAGGCUCAAGUAAACAAGGUUGCACGUGAUUUGGGAUUAGAAGCAAAUAAAACUUUAAAACUAGAAAGUAAUAAUCAGCUAGGUUAUUAUUUUAGAGUUACAAGAAAAGAUGAAAAGGCACUGAGAAACAAUAAAAAUUAUAGAACUAUUGACACAAAUAAAAACGGUGUUCGUUUUCGUAAUUCAGCUGUUCAAAAACACAACGAAGAAUAUCUAAAAGCCAAAGAAGAAUAUAACGAACAACAGAAAAGUGUUGUAGCUGAAAUAGUAGAAAUAGCAGCUGGCUAUGUUGAACCUAUGUUAAUAAUAAAUGAUGUGGUAGCACAGUUAGAUGUAUUAGUUAGCUUUGCUCAUGUCUCUGCCAGUGCUCCAAUUCAGUAUGUCAGACCCAAGAUGCUCAGUCCAGGUAGUGGAAGUUUGAAACUUAAUGAAGCAAGACAUCCAUGUCUUGAAAUGCAGGAUGAUGUCUCAUUUAUUCCAAAUGAUGCUGUCUUUAAGAAAGAUGAACAAAUGUUUCAUAUUAUUACUGGACCAAAUAUGGGUGGAAAAUCAACAUAUAUUAGAUCAGUUGGAGUUAUUGUAUUAAUGGCACAACUUGGUUGUUUUGUGCCAUGUUCAGAAGCAGAAGUAACAAUAGUUGAUAGUAUAUUAGCUCGGGUUGGAGCAGGUGAUAGUCAACUUAAAGGUGUAUCCACAUUCAUGGCAGAAAUGCUAGAAACAGCUUCUAUACUAAGGUCAGCUACAGAAGAUUCACUAAUUAUAAUAGAUGAAUUAGGGAGAGGAACAUCCACAUAUGAUGGAUUUGGUUUAGCUUGGGCUAUUUCAGAACAUAUUGCUACAAAGAUCAAGGCAUUUUGCUUAUUUGCCACCCAUUUUCAUGAAUUGACAGCUUUAUCUGACAGUGUCACUACUGUUAAUAAUCUUCAUGUGACGGCACUGACAACAAACAAUACAUUAACGUUGCUAUAUCGAGUAAAACCAGGUGUUUGUGAUCAGAGUUUUGGUAUUCACGUAGCAGAACUGGCUCACUUUCCUAAACAUGUUAUAGAGUUUGCUAAAGAGAAGGCUAAUGAAUUAGAAGAUUUUCAAUCAGUCAGUUUAGAAGGAACAGAUUUUGAAGGUGAUGGUGAACCUGCUAUUAAGAAAAGAAAAUUGGCAAAACAGGAGGGUGAAGAAUUAAUCCAUGAUUUUCUACAAAGAGUGAAAAAAUUACCUAUCAAUUCUAUGACAGAAGAAGAUUUAAAAAAAGAAGUUGAUAAAUUAAAAGAAGAAAUCAGUGCUAAAAACAAUCCUUAUAUAAAAGACAUACUAGCUAAAACAAAAAAACAACAGUGCUCAUAGCCAUUGUCGUCUGCUAUCUUUAUCAUAGGUUAAAUUAGAAAGACUUGUGUGCACUAUCUGUAAUAGGGUUACAUUUCAUAUCAAUGUUCCAUACAGUAGAAGAUGACAUCUGACCCCCAGAUUCUUGCAAUGUCCAUGUUUUGCCUGUGUCUUGUAUGUUUGUAUUGUAUUUUUCUAGAUUAUAAUUACCAGUAUAGAAGAUUCUGUGACAUACUAUGAAAGUAUUUUCUAAGCUAAAGUAUCAUUAAAUAUGGUUAUACAUUAUUGUUAUCUAUAUGAACAAGCCAACAGUGAGGCUGAUGUACUUUACAGCAAUGCAAAUAAAUGGAUGACGCAUAUUGAUAA